AUGCCGCAAAAUUAAAGUACCGUCGGCUACAUUUUGGGCUGGUGCAUGGCCAUAUUGGCUGCCGUGAUCGGCCUGCUCAUAACAAUCCGUAGAUGGCCAAGUAUCGAGCACCGUGUGCAAGCCGCACGAUCGGCUCCGGCGGCCAUUGUGGAAGAAGUUGCGUUAUCGGCGACUGCGCAUAUCAAAGACUACGCAUGUUCCAUCAUGAAGUUGUGUUUUAAUUUGUGA